AUGGCACUGAAAGCAACACACCUGCAAUGCCACUGCGGUGCCAUCCAUGAACCAGCAACACUUCUCCGAUCCGACACACUGCCCAUCACCAAUGAUUUCUGCCACUGCUCCAUGUGCCGUUUCUCCACGGGCAGCCUAGGAGCAUGGUUCGCCGGUCUCAAGGGACGGCCGAGCGAAAAGUCCCUGAGCAAUGCGAAGGCCUAUUCUGCGACUGAUGUCGCGGCAAGGUACUUCUGCAAGACAUGUGGAUGCAGUGUUUUUGUCCAUAUGCAGCAGGAAGACCGGUGGAUUGCAUGUGCUGGGAUUGUGGAGGUGGAGGGUGACGGGGAGGGGAAUGGGAAGCCUGGAGACAGGUAUGGCAAAGAGGAUCGAAACAUCUCGCACCCAAGGUACCACGAGUUCGUUGGAUCAGCGGUGGACGGCGGGCUUGCGCCGUAUUUGAGCAACCUAGCUGGGCGGGACGUUCCAUGCUACGACGGCGACCCAGCCGAUGGCGAAAAGCCACUCGACCCAGCCCGGGUGCAAUCCCUCCGCGACAACGCCGACAUCUCGACCUCAGCCCGCGACAGCAACAUCAAAGUCGCAUGUUUGUGCGGUGGUGUCGAGUUCAACAUCGCGCCGCCGCCGUACGACGAUUCCAGCACAGGAUGGUACGUGACUUCCGACAAAUCGAAAUACUACGCCCGCCUAUGCAACUGUCGAUCUUGUCGCUUGACGCUGGGCUUUACAUUCCAGCCCUGGACAUAUAUCCCGCCUAGCCAGCUGUUCGCAGCCCCAGGUGAGAGACUGAUCGUCGGACCUGAUGCAAAGUCCGCGAAGCAGAUCGAGAAGAUGCAGUAUUACCAGAGCUCGGAGUCGGUGCUCCGAGGGUUCUGCGAGACGUGUGGUGCGACGAUGCUGUAUCAGAGCUUCGACAGGCCGUACAUCAUUAAUGUCUGUGCGGGUGUGGUGAGGAGUAAAGUUGGGAAUGUCUUGGUUCGAGAGUGGUUGGAGUGGGAUCAUAAUGUGGUGAGCAAGAGGGAGGAGGCAGUGGAUGAGAUGAUGAUUGAGGCUUGGUUGAGGAACAAGUAG